GAAUACUUCAUUGUGGACGUCAGCCUGGCUGGGUCCAGCAGUGGGGUGUAGAAGUAGCACUGUACAUUUCAUAAAGACGUGCAUCUUCUGAGAUUAGAUGUUGUGGUUGUCACCAGUAGCCGUGAAGAUGUUGUCCAGAUUGUUUUGCAUGCAUGGCCAGUUUGUGGCUUCCUAUCCCUGGGAGGUCAUCGUGGGUACGGUGACCAUCACCAUCUGCAUGAUGUCCAUGAACAUGUUCACAGGGAAUGAUAAGAUCUGCGGCUGGAACUAUGAGUGCCCCAAGUUUGAUAAAGAUGUACUAAGCAGCGACAUCAUCAUCUUAACCAUCACGCGGUGCAUUGCCAUCCUCUACAUCUACUUUCAGUUUCAGAAUCUCAGGCAGCUUGGAUCUAAAUACAUUUUAGGUAUUGCUGGCCUCUUCACCAUCUUUUCAAGCUUUGCCUUGAGCACAGUGGUCAUUCAUUUCCUGGAUAAAGAACUGACGGGCUUGAAUGAGGCUCUUCCUUUUUUCCUGCUGCUUAUUGAUCUCUCAAAGGCCAGUGCAUUAGCUAAAUUUGCCCUUAGCUCCAACUCACAGGUCGACGUUCGAGACAACAUUGCUCGUGGCAUGGCCAUCCUGGGGCCUACAUUCACCCUGGAUGCGCUUGUUAAAUGUCUAGUGAUUGGAGUGGGAACAAUGUCAGGCGUUCGCCAGUUGGAGAUAAUGUGCUGUUUUGGCUGCAUGUCCAUCCUAGCAAACUAUUUUGCCUUCAUGACGUUUUUCCCAGCCUGCGUGUCAUUGGUGCUGGAGCUUUCCAGGGAAAGCAGGGAGGGGCGUCCAAUCUGGCAGCUUACUCAGUUUGGAAAUGUGUUGGAAGAGGAGGAAGACAACAAGCCAAACCCUGUCACACAGAGAGUGAAGAUGAUCAUGUCCCUAGGUCUCGUCCUUGUUCAUGCUCACAGUCGGUGGAUAAGUGAACCGUUCCCUCAGAACAGCACUGCCAUUUCAGAUCACAAGAUUACCAUUGACUAUUCAAUGCCAAAAAGGAUUGAGCCCAACAUGCCUCUCUGGCAAUUCUAUCUGUCUAGGAUGAUCACCAUGGACAUCGAACAGGUCAUAACACUGGGUCUUGCGCUUCUUCUGGCAGUCAAGUAUAUAUUUUUUGAGCAGACCAAGUCUACCCUGUCCUUGAAGAACCCUAUCACCUCUCCAGUCACUGUGCAGAAGAAGCAGGUGGAGCAUUGCUGCAGAAUGGAAUCGGUGCCAGAAACAACCCCAAAAGAACGUAAAGUAGAAGACGUUUCAUCAAAGGAAGAGAAAGAAGCGGUCAUAAAGCCGUUGCCACUUGAAAAUUCACCCAAAGGUAACUUUAUGCUGGAUGACUCCUCAUCGUCAGCUGAUUCAAGUGAAGAGGAGAAGGAAGGAAACUUUCAUAUACAAAAAGAGCCCCGACCCAUUGAUGAAUGUCUUCGUAUCCUGAAAAACCCAGAGCAAGGCGUCCAGUACUUGAGUGAUGCGGAAGUGAUGAAGCUGGUGAAUGCUAAACACAUCCCAUCCUAUAAGCUGGAGUCCAUGAUGGAGUCACCGGAGAGAGGAGUUGCUAUUCGCAGGCAAAUGCUGGCUCCCAAGCUUCCUCAGUCAUCGGCCCUGUUGAACUUGCCUUACAAAAACUACGAUUACUCCUUGGUAAUGGGUGCAUGCUGUGAGAAUGUAAUUGGGUAUAUGCCAAUCCCUGUCGGUGUGGCAGGUCCUCUCCUCCUGAAUAAUAAGGAAUUUCAGGUUCCUAUGGCUACAACAGAAGGUUGCCUUGUGGCUAGCACCAACCGAGGCUGCAGAGCCAUAUUGCUGGGUGGAGGUGCCCACAGCCGUAUCCUUGCUGAUGGCAUGACUCGUGGACCAGUUGUCAGGUUGCCUUCUGCAUGCGAUGCUGCUGAAGUGAAGAACUGGCUUGACAGUCCUGAGGGUUUUAAAGUUAUAAAAGAUACCUUUGAUAGCACAAGCAGGUUUGCUCGUCUUGGGAGACUGAAGACCAGCGUCGCUGGACGAAAUCUUUAUAUUCGCUUCCAGUCCAAAACCGGAGAUGCUAUGGGGAUGAACAUGAUAUCAAAGGGCACUGAGAAGGCUCUUUCCAGAUUACAAGAAGAAUUUCCUGAGCUCCAUGUCCUUGCUGUUAGCGGUAACUACUGUACGGACAAGAAGCCAGCUGCAAUCAACUGGAUAGAGGGCAGAGGAAAAUCUGUUGUUUGUGAAGCUACUAUACCAGCAAAUGUGGUGCGAGAGCUACUGAAAACAUCUACAGCCGCCUUGGUUGAAGUGAACAUCAACAAGAACUUGAUUGGCUCUGCAAUGGCUGGCAGUAUCGGAGGCUACAAUGCACAAGCGGCCAAUAUUGUGACUGCAAUUUACAUUGCCUGCGGACAGGAUGCCGCUCAAAAUGUUGGAAGCUCAAACUGCAUCACCCUGAUGGAGGCCACAGGUCCCACAAAUGAGGACUUGUACAUCAGCUGCACAAUGCCUUCUAUAGAGAUCGGAACUGUGGGCGGAGGGACCACCCUGGCCCCACAACAGGCUUGCCUACAAAUGCUAGGAGUCCAAGGAGCGAGCUCUGAAUACCCUGGCAAAAAUGCCUGUCAGCUUGCACAGAUUGUCUGUGGCACAGUAUUGGCAGGAGAGCUUUCCCUUAUGGCUGCCUUGGCAGCUGGACAUCUAGUCAAGAGCCACAUGGUCCACAACAGGUCCAAAAUUAAUCUUCAAGACAUGCCAGGCACAUGCACGAAGAAAGCUGCAUGAUCCAUUACCUCCUGCAGCAAUUUCACUUGGAUCUUAGAUGGAACAUAGCGGGAAAUCUAAGGGAAAGAGCAGAAUAUUUAACUAAAACGUUCUAUAGCGUAAAGGUGCUUUGUCACCAGUGGCAAAAAAUUUCUUGGUGGUCUGUCGCUACCUCAGUUAGAAUAGUUGUGACCAUCUCCUGCCAUACCAGGUGCAAUGUCGCAGCCUGUGUCAUACUCCGAUUCCAGAUUUGGCCGUGGUAGAAAUGAGCACAGUUUUAUACAGCUUUCUAAAAACUGUUAAGUUAAUAUUUAAUUUUAAUUUAAUUUUGUACCUUUUUUUAUUUAUUUAAUCAUUUCUAUUUUCCUGUUUGUACCUCAUUACUUGUGUGUACAGUAGUUGGCAUCUACAUCAGAGGCAUCUAUUGGUUUUGUGGUGUAUAAAUGACCUGAAAACAAUGUGUUGACUACUGUAGCCGGUGCCUGUGUCCUCUUCUCAUGUUGGUGAAGAGGUGACAUCUUUACGAAUAAAUCAUCUGUUUCCGUUUCAAUAAUCCCCUUGUAUUUCUUGUAUUAUCUUGGAUCUUAUCUUGUAUUUCUUGGAACAUGAACUGAAAGGUCAGAAUUAUCUUGUAUAUAAAAUCGUAAGCUAUCUUUAAGAUACUGGAAUAAAUGUAACUAUUUUUCUA